AUGUCGACGGCAUCGACUCAGUCCCGAGGAGUCAACCGACGGAUCAACAGCCUACAGAAUGAAGGUCGCCAUUCGCGCAACUCCUCUCUGUCUCGGCGCCGGCCCCUUAGCGCCAACGUCGCAGGCAGUCAUGCUCUGCGCGUAGCCUAUCUCGCCUACCUCCUUCACCCUCGUUCUCGUCGCAUUCAGAAUGCACCGGCCGCGCCGGCGCGGCCCAAGCGGGCGUCGACUUCAAUCCACGACUUAAUGAGUGACUUCUCACUGGUCAGAGAUUCCAAAAGCACGCGGAUUCCACAUGGCUUUGUGUCGGAGUUGGAGAAGCGCUUGACAGGAGUAUUGGUCGGUAAGGAGAAGCGAAAGGAAUACCAGGAUCAUUUGGUGGUGCGCACCUUCGCCGCUUUUCUCAAUGCGCUGAAGGAGGAUUCAUUUCGGAAGCGUAUGGAGAAAGACCGCCGAGCGGAAGAUCUGGUUCUGAUUUUCUAUUCGAAUGCCAUAAAGGAGCUAGGAAAGGGCAAGGAGCAUGAUGAUGAUAGCUGGAAGCUGAUGGUGGACCGACACGUUGCGUUGUUUGUGCGUCUGCUAGCGCUGAUUCUAAAGAGCAAUGACUGGUCCAAAGACCGCCCAGAGCUGGCAAACCGGUUGUCUGUCCUAGAGAACAAGCUUCUUCUGCAGGAUCAAGACUUGAUGGAUUCGAAUAUCAGCGCAGCGGCAACGGAAGUGGUGGCUACACUCAGCUAUGAUGUUAAGGACAUGCCGCUUGUACAGCAUGUCGCUAGGAUUUUCGGGAUGACAACUGCCCAGGCUCAGUCUGAAAUUAAUAAACACAAGUCCACUUGGACCGAGAAAGCGGCUUUGCAGGACCUCAAGACCUACCAGGCACAUCUGAGUCUUCAUACCCGAAAGACGCUAUCGAAGGAGGAUUUUGAAACAGAUGAGGCUUUUGAAAGCUGGAAGAAGAGUGAGGGCCCUGAUCUCUCGCAGAUGAUGCUUGCCAUUGUGCAGUCGAAUCCAGAGUUGGCCAAGAGCACUCCUGGUGCGCUACCUCAAUUCAAUUCCACUCCGUCUGACGACCUCUCAUCCCCACGCGGCGAUCGAACAUCCUAUGUGAUUGAUUCGCCUGUGGAUCUCAGCUCCCUAUCAUUGGGAGCUGAUGUUGACUCUGAAGAAUCGGACACAUACACCUUCAUUCCAUCUGAUCCCCGGGCUGUAUACAGGUUUAUCUUGUCGCAAACUCUGACCCACGACCUGCGGGAUCGCGAGAUUGAAGCUUCGCAGGCCACAUCAGAAGUACCGUCGAUGAAACUACUUUCCAAGCAAUCAACGGAAAUGCUGAACGAAAUAUGUCUCCGCUGGCGGAUACCCAACUUUUCGCGCAUUCCUCUGUUCCUUGAUGUCAUCCAGUCCAAAUAUGUGGAUUCCGAGAUUGAUCUCAAUACACUCGACUCGGCCUUCACUUUCGUGAAAGAGUCACCGAGCACCGAACCGCGAUCCAAGCGUAGUAGCUUUGUGGCCUCUGCCGUUUUUGAUAGACGGAAAUGGACUGUACAUGAUCUUCAAAUGAUGCAGCAGCUUCUUACCAAGAUUCAUGAGGCUUUAUUAAGAGAGCUUUACGAUGUCAUGAUGGACUGUUUCGAGGCAAAGCCGCGCCCAAUUGGGCCGGUGAUGUACAUUCUCGAAAAUCACAUUCAAAUGGAUCCAAACUACGUCGAAAAUCCAGAGGACAUCGAUCGGUUUUCUUCAUAUGUCCAGGGUGGUCUUGCUGAGAAAGCGACGGAGAAAUACCAGGCGCUUCUUGGUCAAUUAAUCCCGAUCGACCAGGAAUUGUGGCAGGCCGAUAAUGUGAUCCAGCUGGGGGAAGCAAUCUCGAAACUUGCUCAGAAGAUCCAGAAGCGGUAUAGGAAUAACCCUGAAAUUAUGGGUGUGAAUCCCUAUACUACGCUUUGCUCCAAUGUACUGCCCAUGUUUGCUGAGGACGCGAAUGAAAUGGUCAUCCGAAUCAUUGAUCGGGCCAAGUCCACAGGCGAGGAGAUUGCAAUUGAGGAUGGCUUUGAUCUAUACAGGCAACUGGCUACCAUACGACGACUUUUCACAAGCACUAUCGCCAACACCCCUUUUCCAUUCCAUGUGGAAUCUCUUCUAGAAGAGUUCGUCUGGCGUUGGCUUCGUUUGACUGAUCAAAGCGUCAUGGAAUGGGUCAAUCAAGCCACUAAACAGGAUGCUUUCGCCGUUCGUGCCGACCAAAUGGCCGAAGUUGUUCCAGAGGACAAUCGGCACAGUGUGUCAGUAAUUGAUAUCUUCCGAUCUUUCAACCAAAUUGUGGAAAACUUAAUAGGGCUAGAGUGGGAUGAUGACCUUCAGUAUGCGAAGUUCAUGACCGCUCUCUCUAACUCCAUCGGUAAAGGCGUGGCAAAAUACUGCGAGUCGUUGGAGCAGAAGUUUGCUCGAGAAAUGGACCGUCUCACUCCGGAGCAAGAAGCGGCGUUGAAUCAGACCACCCAAGAGAAAUUGAUGCAAUUUGCCAAGGACACAUGGACGAACAAGGACAAAAUCGAACCAUUUCAAUUCUCCUCCGAGUCCCUGGUGAAGUUGAACAACAUCGAAUAUGCUCUCACACAACUGGACAAGCUUGAGCGUGAAAUCAAUGUUGAUGGAUGCGCCGACGUGAUUGCAAAGCACACUCCUCCGCAGCUGAAAAAGGUCCGGAAAUCCACUACUUAUGUCUUCACAAUUAAGGUAGUUGAAGCAGAAGAUCUUAAAGCCUGCGACAUGAAUGGCGGCAGUGAUCCCUACGUUGUCCUAACCGACGAAUACCAGAAACGCAUUGCGAAAACCCGAAUCAUCUACAACAACCUCAACCCGCGCUGGGAGGAUGCAGUGGACAUCACAACUCAAGGCCCUCUGAACAUCAUCGCCACAAUCUGGGAUUGGGAUGCAGUGGGUGAUCAUGAUUAUGUCGGCCGAACCUCGAUCAAACUUGAUCCAGUGCAUUUCAGUGAUUUUUUGCCUAGAGAAUACUGGCUUGAUUUGGAUACCCAAGGACGACUUUUACUUCGUGUAAGUAUGGAAGGCGAGCGCGAUGAUAUCCAAUUUUACUUUGGUAAAGCUUUCCGUACCCUCAAGCGGACGGAGAGAGACAUGACUCGAAGAAUUACCGAGAAGCUUUCUGCAUAUAUUAGCCACUGUCUGUCCCGUCGGACUCUCAAAUCCCUACUCUCGCGCGGUCUCAGCAUGUCAUCUGUAUCUAAUUUCCUGAACCGCAAUCGUGGGCAGCCGACUUCUACUGGCCCAACACCGGCCGACGUCGAGAACGCUUUGACUCCGCUCUUCAAUUACUUCAACGACAAUUUUGCCAUUAUGAACAAGACUCUCACUUCUGAAGCCAUGCGAAUGGUGAUGGCUCGCCUAUGGAAGGAGGUUCUUGCCACAAUCGAGAGCUUAUUAGUGCCACCUCUAUCAGACAAGCCGUCCCAUCAGAAACCGCUGACCAUCCAAGAAGUGGACAUCGUAUCACGCUGGCUCGUGUUGCUUUUGAGUUUCUUCCACGCCAUUGAUGAGGAGACUGGCGAAGCUGGCGGCGUUCCUAUCGACAUCUUGAAAUCCCCCAAGUACCACGAGAUCCAAAGCUUGAACUUCUUCUACUUCGAACCCACGGAGAACCUCAUUCGCACGUCUGAGCGAAUGGCCUCAGCCACCAUCAACCGCCAGCAAGCUAACCGCAACCGCAUCUCCGCCCCUGCACAUCUCGGUGCUACAGGGCCCGGGUAUGGCGGGCUGGGUGUGCCGGCCGCGCGGCGCGCCAAGAGCAUCAUGCUCUCCCGGAAUCUGGGUACGAUGAAGAAAGUCAAGGAAGAGAAGCGUCGUGAAGCACAGGCCGAACCUAACGAUGACAUGAUCCUCCGCAUUCUUCGCAUGCGACCCGAGGCAGCGGGCUAUCUGCGUGAUCGGAGCCGACAGAAGGAGAGACUCGCGGCGGCGGCGGCAGCCGAUGCCAUCGUGAAGCAGAGUCUCAUGGCAGGACCUCGCCUCCGAGACCCUCCUCCCCAUCACCGCAGCACCGUGCCACGACCCCUCUACACACGCAUCACUCCCACCCCCGCCCCGGCCAAACAACCCCCACACCACCUCUACUUCGCCUACGGAUCAAACCUCUCCCCAACACAGAUGGCGCAGCGCUGCCGCAUGAACCCCACCCUCUCGGCGACGCCGGUCGCCAUCGCUGAACUCCCGCGUUGGCGCUGGCUGAUCUGUGAAGCUGGGUACGCGAACGUAGUGCCUCCAGCGGGGUUGCGCGUUAGUGCGCAAGAGCAGGGCGCAGCUCAGGUGCCUCAGUCUGGGGCAGAGGACACGGUGUACGGGGUACUAUACGAGAUGGACGAAGCGGACGAGCGGAUCCUGGAUCUGUACGAGGGGGUGGACGGCGGGGCGGAGGAAGAGAAGGAGGAGAAGGUCAGCGUCAGCGUGACGAUACGGCCCCGGGAGCAGGGGGAGGGCGACUAUAACAAGUGGUAUGUGCAAGCGCGGGUGGUGCGGUGGCUGGACGACGGCCAUGUGCUGCGAGAGUCCGGGGAGAUGGUGCCAGUGUUGGUAUAUGUGGAUGAGGAGCGGGUGGGAGUGGCGGAACCGAAGGCGGAGUAUAUCCCGCGGAUGAAUCGGGCGAUGCGGGAGGCGGAGGCGCUGGGGAUGUCUGAGAAGUGGCUUGAGGAGGUGCUGAGGCAGUUCAUCCCGGCGGAGUAA